UCAAUCUAAUCAAAGCGACUUGAAUUUCUCAUUUGGACCCUAGUCCUAUCAAAAUUUUUAUAGUAAGACUUUUAAAUAAGUCAUAUUUGGACCACUAAAAAUGUUUAGACAGCGAACUAUUGCUUUACUGAAAUCAAGUUCAGGACGAUUUAGUCCACGCUUAAUGGCUGAUUCGGGGAAAAAAGGCGAGGCAGACAAUGAAUGUAAGGACGACGAUGAGAAAAAAAGAAGCAGAAGACGGAUAUUUGCGGAAGACCUGUUUUUCCCACCGGCCCGCGCUGCAAAAAUAAGUCCGGCGGAAAAGGUGGAAAAGAUGGAAAGGAUGACAAAUCCAAAGACGAAUGUGAAUAAUAAAAGGGACUCUCUUACUAAAAACAAAGUAAGCGGCGAAGGAAAGUUGUAUCGGCUUUGA